AAUUCGAUUUGGCUUUUAAAUUAAGUAAAUAGGAAGUAUAUAUAAAUAAAAACGAGUCCACUAGAGCAGUGUAACGUGACGGCAACGGUAGCGGCAGCAACGAAUCGUGGGAGUGGCAAAGGUGUAGCGGUGGUUGGCGGCGGCAACGCGCAUUCUUUUUGGUCUGGUGCCGAAUGAGCUGGCUGCGUUGGUUGUGGCUGUGCCUGAAAAUGAUUUAUCAGCUUUUCUGUUGCUCCAUGAGUCUCAUCUCAUUGCUGUUCAAUGUUUUCUGGUUCUGUUGCACGUUGGCCAGCGCCAUAAUUCCAUGGUGUACACUCACACUGCUGAGCAUUUGUGUGGCAUCCAAAUUCGUGAAGUUGCGCACUCCAAAUGAGAAGCGUUUGCUGAAUCUAUUCCACGAGCCGGGUGACAUAUCCUACUGGCCCAUUGCUAAUCGUGGUGCCGGCUACGAUGCGCCCGAGAACUCUAAAGCAGCAGUGAAAAAGUGCCUCGCACGUGGCUAUCGCAACGUGCUGUUGGAUGCCGGCUUGACGGCUUGCGGUGAAAUAGUCAUUGCCAAUCGACAGACCUUGGAGCGCGCAGGCCUUAGUGGCGGACUAGCCCAUCACACGCUAGCGGAAUUACAAAAAAUAAACAUUACGGAGCUGCAUCCCAUGGGCUCGCAAUACGACGCCGAGCAUAUUGCCACGUUAAAGGAACUUGCCGACUUCUUGGACGAGCAGAGUACUCCGCUAACACUCUUCCUGCACAUUCAUGACAAUAGUGCGCGCAUGCUGGAGCGACUCCAGCAGUUUAUGGCCAGUCGGGAGCAGUUUAGACAGCGCACAAUCAUAAUUAGUCCCUCACCACUGGCCAUUUACCAGCUCCGUAAGCUACAGCCUGAAAUCAUUUGUGGUCUGUGGCAUGAGACCUAUCUAUCGCUGGCUAUACUGAAAUCCUCCACAUUGAUUACCUCAAUUUAUGGCGCAGUUUUGCGUAAUAUAAUCGCACCAGUUAUUGGGAUCAGCGUCGUAUUUCUCAGCAAAGAGGAAUUUAAUCUACAUAUUGCCGAUCUGUGGCGCAAUGUGGGCGUGUAUGGCGUCUAUGUGUAUAUGGUUAACUCACCUACCGAGAAGCGCUAUUUUCAGAAAACUCUGAAAACGCAGUAUCUAACGGAUUCGUUGCGCUCCGAACCGCAUCUAUUGAUGAAGGCCUAGACAAUAAUCUAUAGAUGGGAAGCGAACAAAACUCACAAUCGAGCACACAAACAUCGUUUGCAUUUUUAGCUUUUAUACAUAAUAAGUAGCUUAGUUUAAUUUUUACUGGACCCAUUCUGUCUUGCGUGCUUCAAAUACCUAAGUUAUAUUAUACCAGUUACUGUGUAGCGUCCACUCAUUUAUAGUAUAUUUAUUUCUGUCCGAUCAGAUACUUUAAGUAUUACCAGUGAAAACGAUCUGUAUAUCUCUAUAUUAUUAUUUAAUUGGUGCGGUUAGAAAUGCAAAUAAUUUGAACACAUAUAUGAGAGUGUGUUUUAAAAAGUGAAUCACAAGAGAGUUUUAAUUUGUUGGUUUUCAUUAAAAUUCAACACAUUUUUUUUGUAGCCAAAUUAUUUGCCUGUGUGAACCACAACUGAAGACGUCCUCUUUUUUGAUAAUUUUAUUUAUUGAAAGCUUUAUUUAGAUACAUAUUUGCUUUUUAAGAGAUUCAUAUAUUUUUUAUACUCAUUCUCAUUAUGGCACAAACCCUUUUGUAUACACACAAUGUUUAUAACUAUAUGGUGUUUUUGAUGUGCUAUUAUAUAUACUGCUUUUAUACUUGAUAGGCCAGGACACAGCUACUUACUGAUUAUUAGUCCUGCUCCGUAUACAUAUAGCCUUAACUGUUCCCAAGCCACACACCAGAUUUGAUGAAUUGAUUUGUCCAAGACAAUGGUCGAAUUACUAUUCUUUAUUGUAGAAAUAUGUAUGAACACUGUACUAUAUACAACUGUACGUAUUUGUAUAUUGACGAAAACACGAACAUUAGCUAUACGAUUAUACCAAAAAGCAAAUAAAUUGUACAACAUUUACAUUUGUGUACUGAAACAAGCGAAUAAUAAAUUAGAUAACUAUUGACUA